AUGGCCCGGUGCGGGGCUAGCAGCACGGGUUCGCAGGGGGCCCAGGGGGCUUGCAAGAAGGGAGUGGCUGAGCGUCGCCGGCUGCGGGCCCUGGUGUCGGAACAGCUGAGCCAGGAUCUCCUCAGGCUCCUAAGAGAAGAAAUCCAUACAGAUGUCACUUUUUGUAUAGGUCCAACACAGUUCAAAGCUCACAAAGCUGUGCUUUUAGCAAGGAUUCCAGACUUUUACUUUCACACUGUGGGAAAAAUGUUAAAUAAUUGGGAGAACCAUAUCCCUGUUGCUGUGGAGAACUUUGAACCUUCAGAAUUUAGAACAUUUUUACAGGUUGUAUAUUCCUCAGACAGAAACAUAAAAAACUAUGAAGAAGAAAUCCUGAGAAAGAAACUGCAUGGAGACAAGUUACAGCAGGAAAUCCUGGGUAUUGAAGUAAAUUCUGGAAAGUAUGCUGAAAAUGACAAAUGUUCAUCCACUUCCCAGAAUACUUUGACAAAGUCUCAAGAUGGAAUUUCGGUUGGUUCCUCUCUUACUGAAUGUGAAGUUCCAGAAGAAAUCAGUGAUAAUGGGGACAACUUGGAUGUUAUAGACAGUUCUAACCUGGAGCCUGUAUCUGAGUUAGGAAAAGAUUUGUUGAAACUUUACAGAAAGCGUUGCUGCCCAGAUGUUGAUAUUUGUAUUGAUGGAAAACGUUUUCAAGCCCACAGGGCUAUUUUAUGUGCCAGGUCUCGUUAUUUUGCAGCAAUGCUGAGUGGAUGUUGGGCUGAAAGCUCCCAAGAGCACAUCACUCUUCAAGGUGUAAAACCAGUAGAAAUGAAUAUCAUGAUGCAUUUUAUUUAUGGAGGGACACUGGACUUUCCAAAUAAAGUUCAUGCAGGUCAAAUACUGAACCUGGCAGAUAUGUAUGGAUUAGAAGGGUUAAAAGAAGUAACGCUUUAUAUUCUUAAAAGAGACUACUGUAAUUUCUUCCAGAAGCCUGUCCCAGGGAGAUUGGAGGCUAUACUAGAAUGUCUGAUUAUUGCUCAUUCGGUGGGAGUGGAAAGUCUUUAUGCUGACUGUAUGAAAUGGAUUGUUAAGCAUUUUGCAAGGUGUUGGUCAGAGAGGAGUUUUGCAAAUAUACCUCCAGAGAUCCAGAAAAAUUGCCUUACUAUGCUGAUUCAGUCUUUAAAUGACAAAAAUGCUGCUUUUCUUCUGAUGGAAAGUGACCGACUAAUCAUCAGCCUUCCCAGAGUGAAAUGGACUGAAGCUGCGCUGACUAUGGCAUGCAGGCUGCAAGAAGAAUGUAUAGCAUUUAUUGUGGAGAACUUCUCCCAGAUAAUACAGAGUGAGAACUUUGCUCUUCUCUUACAGUCACAAGCAAUGAGUAGCACACCUGAUCUUUUGGACAAAGUUCUUAAAGCAAUUGAGAAGAACAUCACCACAGAGAACAGCUGCUUACUUCUAAUGGCUGUGGAUACUCUGCUGAACACUGAAAGUACAAAGGAAAUGGGUUUUACGUGCAAGAUCCAGGCUGUGCGUGAUAAGCUGUGGCUCUUCCUGGUUCAGUCUUUUUAUGCCGUUCGUCACACAGAAAGCUGGAGUCUGAUGAGACCAGAUGAUCAGCAGAAGAUCCAAGCAGCUGCAUUUGAUAAGGGUGAUGAUAGAAGACUUGGCAAAAAGCCGAUAUUCAGUAGUUCUCAGCAAACUAAAUCCAUUUCUGACUCUGGUGAUAUAAAAAACAGAUCUUGGAGAGGAAAAGACAAGAAAGAUUUCUAUAAUUACCCCUCCACUGAUCAAGAGAAAAUGAAAUCUGAUGGUCUAGGUGCAUCUGGACAUGCAUCAAGUACAAAUAGGAAUGCUGUGAAUAAAACUUUAAAACAUGAUGAUUUAAAGGGGAAGGACAGUAAGAAAACUGUGUCUAAGCUUACAAAAGAUGUUAAAGCUGGGGAAAAGAUUGCUUCUGGAAAGCCUAGAGCUGUUAUAAAGCCCAAAAUAGAAAAUAAUGAUAACACUAAAACUGAUAAUAUGCUUACUCGACAAGAUGCUGAACGUUCCUUGUCCUCCUUAAGUGGACAGAAAAACUCAAUAAAUGGAAAGGGAGCAAAAUCUCAAGAAGGAAAAGGGGCAGGCGCUCGGCCAAAAACCCUCACUGGAAGCUCAAACGCUUCAGCCAAAGCAAAGCCUCUGAAGAAAACUCCCGGGAAGGACUCUUCCUCUCUUGGCCCUGUCUCUACUCUCAGCAAAUCUGCCAGUUCAAGUGGGGAAUUGCAAAGUCCCAGUGAGUGCCUCGAUGAACCAAAGGAGUGUGGAUCUGUAAAGGAAGAGAAGCCUUCUGACAAUAAACCAGCCCCUUGUAAUUCUCCUCAAGGAAACCACACGGUGAGAAGCAGCUUGGAGACUUCCAAAGGUCCUGCUGCUGCAGUGAAAUCCCGGCCUGUUUCAAGGAAUACUGAAGGAACUUCCAAUAAAAAAAGGGUUAAUGAACAUGAGACUCACACAAGUAAUAGUAUGACAAAGAAAGUUAUUGGCAAGGGGUCUAAUGAUCACUUCUCCCAAGCAGUUUUGAAGAAAAGAGGACACAGUAGUUCUGCAGGCCCACAGCGAGCAAAGAGUGCUCCAUCUAGUCUCACUAAAACCCAAGGACCUCAAGGAGAUGCACCAAAUCCAUUAAAAUCUGCAGUCUUUCUAAAACCUUCUGAAGAAAAUGUGACACAGCUAAAUCAUUCUACACCUACUGCUAAGAAAAAAACCCUGAAGCAAGGACAUGCAUCUUUGGCAAAAGCCAAUGUAAAAAUAAUUAUGUCUAAAGUUCAAGUGCCCUCAAAGAAAGGUGAAACUGUUAACAAUAAAGACCAAAAACAGAAAGCUAUUUCUGGGCAGUCUACAGGAAAGUGUCAGUCUUCUUCCCAAAGGUCUUCAAGAAGUGAAUCACCAGUGAUCUCAAAGAACACACAUAAUGAUGGACCAAAAAGCUGGGGCCAGAAAAUAGAACCUGUUGGGUUCCAAGUGAAUGAUAAUAACAAAGGAAAACAAAAGCAACAUAGGCUAUUGGUUAAUCCUGGUCUGGAGACCAAUGGUGUGGAAGGAGGUCCAUCAUCAAGUCUACCUAAUUCACAAAAGCCAUUAAAUUAUGAAGAAAAUGAUAAAUCUAUAACAGAAUCUGAACUGUCACUCCCUCCUAUGAGCAUUCAAAUCGUUCCUAAAUUGAACGAAGCAGUAAAAAAUGAAGCAAAAUUUAAACAGAUUUAUAAGAACAAAAGUGAAACAAAAUGCCCUGGUGAUGGAGAAGCAGAUAACUACAAUAUGCCUAAGCUGCAUAAAACUGAUGGGAGUGGUGAUGCAGAGUCAAAACUUGAUAACAGUGCUAACCCAAAAUCCAUGGCUUCAAAUCCAAAUCCAGCCCAUCAGUGUGAAAUUAUUUGUAACUUUGUGGCUAAAACCCAGUUAGACUCAGCAAAUGCAAUGUAUUUGUUGAAUAAAAAAUCAGACAUUAAAAGUGAGAAAGAUACUUCAGUUGGCCUUUCUGAAAAGAUAAAUACUAUUUUUAAUCCUGCACCAAAUGAAUAUAAAUCUGAGGUUUUUGUAAAUGGUCUGACUAAUACUAGUCAAUUGCAUGAUGAAUGUUCUGUGAAAGAAGACAAGCACGCUGGAAGCAAAUCAGAUGUCUCUAACAAAUGUUUUUUGACUCAAGUACCAGAAAGAAAUUCUCCUAAAGAGGCAAACCCAACAGAAACAUCAGAGAGCCAUGAAAAUCUGGAAACUCCUUUUGUGGGUCACUGGAAUUUGAUUACGAGUAAUAUACACCAAAGGGAGAGUCCUGAAUCUGAUACUGGCAGUGCAACCACCUCAUCUGAUGACAUAAAGCCUAGAUCAGAAGAUUAUGAUGCUGGAGGUUCUCAGGAUGAUGAUGGGUCAAAUGAAAGAGGGAUUUCUAAAUGUAGCACUAUGAUAUGUCAUGAUUUUCUUGGAAGAAGUAGCAGUGAUACCAGCACACCUGAGGAAUUAAAAAUAUAUGAUAGCAGUUUAAGGAUAGAAGUAAAAGUGAAAAAGCAAAAUAACUCGGAUAUUCUCCAAGUUAAUUCAACAAGUGAUGAUGAAAUUCCUAGGAAAAAGCCUGAAACUUUGUCUCAACAAGGGAUGACAAUGGACCAUGCCCAGGAGAAAGAGCAUCUACCACGAGGAGGGAUCCCAUUUCCUCAGGAAACAGACCAAGUUUCUUCCUCAGCAGAUGAAACAGAAGAUGAACGAUCCGAAGCUGAAAAUAUUGCAGAAAAAUGUUCCUUGGCUGACCCAGCUUCUCAGCAAUUCCAAGGAAUCGUCAACCUCGCUUUUGAAGAUGCAGCUGACAGUGAAAGCCGAGAGUUUACUGCAACUAAAAAUUUUAAAAGGUCAGUUUUACUUUCCGUGGAUGAAUGUGAGGAAUUGGGAUCUGAUGAUGGGGAAGUUCACAUGCCCUUCCAGCGCUCUGUCGAUCCUCCGACCCCUUCUGAGGUCUUUGAUAGUCUUUCUCAUGAACAUCAUGGAAAAGCCUGUUACUCCAGAUAUUCACAAGAAAAUGAAGAUCAUUUUUUAGAGGGUAAACAACAUGAAAACCAAUUAGACAAAAAUGGGAGCCCCCUCUUGGAUCCUAACAAAUUUGAAUCUGCAGCAAAAGAUGAACAGGAUACUUUAACUACAGGAAAAAAACAUGCAGCAGAUAUGCUGGAUCACAUAGAUAGUCCAAAUGUAGUAAGUAUUAGAAACGAAGAGGACAGUGAAGCACGCCAGUACAGCAAACUUUAUGAUGGUGAAAUAAAAUCUCAAGAAAGACCUUGUCACUUGGCACUUCAUCAAAUAGAGCCCAAUUCAGAUACACCAAAGACCAACAGCUCUACCUGGUCUGUGGACUCCCAGAGGAGCCAGGGUCUGACUCAGGAAGGUCAAGUGAGAGAAUUCUGCCAUGCACCCACUGAAAAUGCUAAUACUGCUCUCACUGCAGGAGACAUAGAUGAUUGUGACCCAUUGACACAAACCUGCAUGUAUGAGCAUCGGCCUUCAAAAACCCUUUCUCCAAUCUAUGAGAUGGAUGUUGGAGAAGCUUUUGAGCAGAAAAUGAAUUCAGAAACACAUUUUACAGACAUGGAUUAUGAAGAUGAUCAACACUUUGCAGAGCAAGAUUGGACUCUUCUAAAGCAGUUGCUGUCUGAGCAGGAUUCAAACCUUAAUAUUAAAAACUCUGUUCCUGAAGACCUAGAUUUAGCACAGUAUCUGAUCAAUCAGACAUUGCUUCUAGCACGAGACAGUUCAAAACCUCAGGGUAAAGCACAUGUGGACACUUUCAGCAGAUGGAGUGAUCUAACAUCUCCACUUGAUGACUCUUCAAGCCUCACUAUGAUGAGUUUUUCCUCUGAAGAUUGUUCUUCUCCUCAAGGAGAAUGGACAAUUCUUGAACUUGAAACUCAGCACUAAAGUGGUCAAAUUUUGGAAAAUUUUGAACUUUGUUACCCCUUAUUUUUUAUGCUUAUAUCCAUAUGAUAACUGCAUUAGCCAAAGGCAGACAGCCCUGCACACUAAGGGCUUUCUAAUCUUUCCAGUUUACUGAGAUAAAUGUAGUUCAUUUGUGAAUGAGAUAUAAUCAUAGGUGGGGGAAAGUUCAAAACUCCAACAAAUUUUUUUUUCUAAAUAUCUCAAGCAUGUUGCUAUUGUUCUUUGAGAAAUUAGAAGACUUGUAAGAAAAUUCAUUUUGUUUUUUUCUUUUCCAACUGGUCAUUUGUUCACUUGUCCUUUACUACAAGAUGUGAAUGCACAGUAAGCAGAGCAGCCCCGGUUCUUGUGGCUCUGUGUAUAGUAACACGCUCGUUCUCAACAAUAAAAGAUUUCCUGUGCUUGUGUCGGUU